AUGGGUAUUGGCGAUGGUGUUACUUUAUCAUUUUCAAAAGAAGAAUACAAUCCAAGUGUACCAUUUAGUACAUCAAUAAACGGAUUUGCUACACCUCAACAUAUUAGAAUAAUAGGACAAUGCCAAAAGCAUGCAAAAAGAUUUUACAUCAAUUUUUCAAAUGAUAGUGAUAUUGUUUUCCAUUUUAAUGUACGCUUUGACGAAAAAUGUGUCGUUAGAAAUAGUACUGAAAAUGGGUCAUGGUUAGAGGAAGAAAGAUUUGAAGAUUCAUUUCCAUUCCACCAUUGCAAGAUUUUUACUCUUGACUUUAUAGCAAAUGAAAAUUAUGUUGAAUGCAAAUAUGAUGGUCAAUUCUUUACUGAAUUUUCCUACAGAAAAUGGCAUACAAAUGUUUCAUCUAUGGAAAUACAAGGAGAUGUUGAACUUCACUAUAUUUCAGUUCAUAAAGAUUAA